AUGCCCAAGGGCGCGGGGUCCCACCCCAGCGAGCAGCAGCGCACCGGCGCCUGGUUUGCUCAUGUUGGAGUAUGCCAGAGUCAACCUGAGUCAACUACAAGCUCUGCACUAAAACAGGUCCAGAACUCAGCAGCAGCUCAGUAUAUUGAGGAUAGAUUGCCGCUAGCAUACAGAGCUCGGGAGCAGAGAGCAGUGAACAACAAUUUCCCAUUUUCUUCUCAUGACAACAGACACUGUCUACAGAAUGUAGGAGAGUAUUUUGAUUUUGGUAUGGGCCGGAGGAAGGUGGAACCAGAGAGACGGCAACAGAACUCACAGAACUUCUUCCUAUGGGCUCAUGAAUCAGUUCCUAGCAACAAGGAUGGCUUAACCAUUUAUCAGACAUCAUUUGUGAAAGAUCAAAAUACUGAGAGCCCAUUUUGUAGGCGGCAUCCAAAACACCACUCAGAAAAAUGUUGCACUGACAAACCCAUUCCUGAGAAUGAAAAAGCCCUGCAGCCAAACAAGUCAUCUUAA